AUGCUAUUCACUUCAUCGCUUCGAAAAGCAGUGGAUAUGUAUCCGCCUGUUUCAUCCGAAGAGGCUCAUCGACAACUUCUUGAGAAACGUCGGAAACAAAUGAUCCGAAGACACACUUGUUCGACUUUGAUUAAACAAGAAGUUGUUCAGCCGAAAAAUAGUCAAUGUUUGGGAAUUUUGGAGGAGACAAAUGAAACGGAGAUUUGUCAGACGAGUAGAUCGAAACAUCAUACUUUGGAAAUGGUAAAAUUAUGAUUGACUUUUGGUUUAUAGAUUGAUUUAUUUCCCAGAAAUGGGCUAGUUUUCCUGAUUUUCAUAGAGAAAUACAACUUGUCGAAAAAUUAGAUUUUGGAUACAAUUUUUUACAAAAUGUUGUAGUCACAAAUAUGCUAUUAUCAAAAUAAAAAAAUUUGGCAAAAAAACGGAGCCCAGAAAUUCAAAUGACAAGUACGGUGUUUCUUUCAGUCGCUGCGAGACCCAUAUGUGCGUCUUUGACUUUGUUUCUCUGCCCAACGGUGUGGUCUCGAAACGGUGUUAGUGACGCAGAGGAAUACCGUACUUGGGGAAAUUGGGAUUUGAAUUUCUGGCUUCUCUUUUUUUGCCAAAUUUUUUUACUUUGAUAAUAUUGGGUCUCCCAAAAAUGCACAUUUACAGUACGCUAAAAUUUUGUUCCUAAAUUCAAGGGUUUUUGAGCUUUUGGUUCAAAAAGCGGUUUAAAUGUAUUCUGGACCUCAGCCAGAAUUCGAAAGUUUUGAAAAUUUCUUCUCUUGUCGGCAUUUUUUCCUAUUUACUUCUGAAAAAAUCGCCAAUGUUUUCUUGCGAAAUCAAAAAAAACCAUCAGUUUUUAUUUUGCUGUAACACAAAACAAAACCAAAAAUCGAUUUGACCAGCUCGAUUUCAGUCAUCAUUCCCUUAUCAUUUUAUUAUAUUCCCCCCGAAAUCUCCCCCCGAAAAAAUGUCGAUUUCUUAUAAUUCUUUUUGGAAAAAAACCUCGACCCCCUGGGCUACUGAAACCAAUUCAAAUAGAAGAAGUUGUGUGAGUUGGGACUAGAGAAAAUGCUAUGUUUUUAAGUUUUAAAAAAAAGUUUUUUUUAUUUCAGCCAAUGGCUCCACCAGCACCUCCACCAUCCUCAUUUCUUCCUCCUCCACAAUCAAAUCACUCAUCGCGAUUGGACGAUUGGGGAGAGUCGAAUUUUGCGCCACCACCAGCUGCUCCGAUUUUACAAGGUAUUUUUAGGGGAAUAUAAUUGGUUGGGAUAAUUUUGAAGGUGAAAAUUCAGAACCAGAAUGUUCAGAUCUAUAAAAUAAUUUGAAAAAUGGAAAUUUCUGUUCCAAUUUUUUUAAGGCUUCAAAACAUUUUUUUGCCAUUUUAAGAAUCGUUUCGAGACCCACCAAUUUUUUUUUUAAAUUUUCAGCCGUCUCCCAAUAAAAAUUAAAUUUCCAGGUGCUUCUGGAGGAAAUCAAACAGCCUACUCUUCUGGCCAAAACAAUGAUGAUUUUGAUGAUGAAUGGACAGAUGAAGAUGAAGAGCAAAAUGUAAGAAUUCCCAUAUUUUGUUGCGCUUUUUGCCCUAGUAGUGAUCCUAAAUUUUUGCCUUUUCUUUUAUCCCUUCUUUCUUUUUGAGAAGGGUCUUCUUCUCUUUAUGCGGUUUCCUGUCAAGUUUGUGACCGAAAAUGGCAACUUUUUUUUUUUGUUUUUUUUUCGGAGUUUUUUGUUUUGUUUUUUUUUUUUUUGAUUUAUUUAUUGGGAGGCAUUGAUUUUAGGGGAGAUUUGAGCAAAUUCUUGAGGAAUUUGGAACUAUUCAGAAAAAAAUGACAAGAAAUCAUACUGAAUUCAGAACCUGA